GGUGAUGCGCUUCCUUCUACAGAGGUGAAAGGUCGGGGGUGUCACAGUGUCCUCUUCUUCCACACGUGGGUCGUAGUUGCACCAUGUUCUCCUCUCUAUCCCGCUCCUUGCUUACAGCCGCGGCCAGGGUGGUGGUCGUUCGGCCGUUGCCACUACUCAGCGCCCAGGGGGGUCCUGGCAGAGCCCUCACCCGGUCACUAUGGUUGCACGGCGGGGCCAGCAAUACUCUCAGGCCGACCUUUCUGAACCCUCACAGGGGUUUCCCGGCUGUGUCCUGUGGAUGCGGGGGGCUUCACACUGAAGGUGACAAAGCAUUUGCAGAGUUCCUGAAAGAUGAAAUCAAAGAAGAGAAGAAAAUCCAGAAACAUAAGAGCCUCCCCAAAAUGUCUGGUGGAUGGGAAUUAGAAGUGAACGGCACAGAAGCUAAACUGACCCGAAAAGUUUCUGGAGAAAAGAUCACAGUUACGUUCAAUACAAACAACAGCAUUCCACCAACCUUUGAUGAGGAACCACAAGAGGGACAGAAAGGGGGUGAAGAGGAGCCUGAACUUGUUUCCACUCCUAACUUUGUUGUCGAGAUCACAAAACUAGAUAGCAAUCAGACAUUGGUGCUGGACUGUCACUAUCCCGAAGAUGAGGUUGGACAUGGUGAAGAAGAAGAAGAAAGUGACAUCUUCACUAUUCGAGAAGUUAGCUUCCAGCCCUCUGGAGAUACAGACUGGAAAGAGAACAGCUACACACUGAGCACAGAUUCUCUUGACUGGGCUUUGUAUGAUCAUCUGAUGGAUUUCCUGACUGACCGUGGAAUAGACAACACUUUUGCUGAUGAGUUAAUAGAACUCAGCACUGCUUUGGAACAUCAAGAAUAUAUCAGAUUCCUUGAAAAUCUCACUAGCUUUGUAAAGUGUUAGGUGAAGUGUCAUAGGCUUAUCUCCAUCUUUUAUUAUGAAUGCCACAUUGUAUUGCUUCUGUGCCAUCCACAUAAUAGCACUUACUUUUGUGUUUAUGCGGUAAAGGAUGAGGCAGGAGUGGCUUUAAUAUCGAUACCUUUCCAUACAAGUAACAUUUAAGAAUACUAUUUGUUAAUGUUAUUUAAUUUUGUAAAUGGCCUUGGACUCUAUAAUUCUAUAAAUU